CCUAAGGGAAUUCAGGCAACCUCAGCAGGAGGGGAGACAUCACACCUUGGGGCGGGGCGUGGUGCCGUGUAAGCAGGUACAGAAAAGCCAGUUCUUCCACACGUAAGCUCCGUCCGUGUACUCCAUUUCAGCUACCUUCAUCUAUCUCCGGGACUUUGGCAGCUCGUUAAGCUGAAAGCAUGUUUCUCGCAAAGGCUCUUUUGGAAGGAGCCGAUCGAGGCCUUGGGGGAGCUCUUGGAGAUCUUCUUGGAGGAGGUGGUCAGAGAAGAGGAGGAGGAGGAGGAGGGAAUAUUGGAGGGAUAGUUGGAGGAAUUGUGAAUCUUAUCAGCGAGGCUGCGGCAGCUCAGUAUACCCCAGAACCACCUCCCACUCAGCAGCAUUUCACCAACGUGGAGGCCAAUGAAAGUGAGGAAGUUCGUCGUUUUCGGCAGCAUUUUGCCCAGCUGGCUGGCCCAGACAUGGAGGUGGGUGCCACUGACCUAAUGAAAAUCCUCAACAAAGUCCUGUCUAAGCACAAGGAUCUGAAGACAGACGGCUUCAGCCUGGACACCUGCCGGAGCAUUGUAUCUGUCAUGGACAGUGACACGACCGGGAAACUGGGCUUUGAAGAGUUUAAGUAUCUGUGGAACAACAUCAGGAAAUGGCAAUGUGUCUAUAAGCAAUAUGACCAGGACCGUUCCGGGUCUCUAAAAAGUUCCCAGCUGCCGGGGGCUCUGCAGGCUGCAGGUUUCCAGCUAAAUGAGCAAAUCUACCAAAUGAUUGUCCGCCGAUAUACCGAUGAGGACGGAAGUAUGGAUUUUAACAACUUCAUUAGCUGCCUGGUCCGCCUGGAUGCCAUGUUUCGAGCCUUCAAGUCUCUGGAUAGAGAUGCAGAUGGCCUGAUUCAGGUGUCUAUCCAAGAGUGGCUGCAGCUGACUAUGUAUUCCUGAAGGGGCCCUGAGAAGGCAGGCCCCUCCCUGGAGGGGAGGACCGCUGCUGAGAGCCUGUCCAUGCUGUCCUCACAGUGGCGAUACCCCAUCACACAGCUGUCACUCCCCAGCGAGCUCUUUCACUACCCACCAUAGGUCUGAACUUGCACUGCU